CAUUCAUCUUGUCGACUUUCUGCCGGAAGUAUCAAGAUGCUACCACUGUAUCUCUGUUGCGUUUUAAUACCACUGACAAAUGCAUUGUCUUGGAAAGAAGCAAAAUUUGACAGAAGAAAUGAUAUUCGAAGUCUUCAUGAUGUAUACAGAAUAAAGGAGAGGGAAGGAUACAAUGCAAAAGAAGAACAAGAAAAAAAGAAAAAAUUUUCAAACCCGAAAAACCAAGAUUUACGUAGAAUGCAAGAAGUACUACAAAGAGUAAAUGCCAACCUAGAGGAGAAGCAAAUUGAAAAUUUAAGCCUUAAGCUCCAACCUGUUCCAGAAAAUAAACGCAAACUUUUAAGAGAAAGAAAGCGUCAUCUAGAGUUAGAAAAUAUUCAACGUCAAACACCGAGGACGAAUAAAGAUCGUAAGAGUGAAAAAUAUUAUUUAGAACAUCCAAAGGAAAUAUCAGCUGACAACCCUCUAGAGAAUGUAGUUGAAGCCAUGCAAAUAGAAACGAAUGGACAUUAUCACCAGGCUGAUGGUGCUAAGCCUCGGCAGAAAGCGAAACUCAUAGGUGACAACCUCGACGAAGACAUAAUAGUUGAAAAGCCUGAGGGAAUAAAAAGAAAUUUUUUAUUGGACCCGGAAAGAAUAUGGCCAAAAGGAAUAAUACCAUACGAAAUAGCAUCAAAUACCUACACUGUAGACGGUAAAACUGCAAUUUAUGAGGCCAUAAAACAGUUUAAUGAUCUGACUUGUGUCAGAUGGGUCCAAAGAGAUGACCCCCUAGCUUCAUUUGACAAUCUGGGUCACACUGAUUAUGUAAGGAUACAAAGAGAAUCAGGUUUUACUGGAUGUAAAUCCUAUGUUGGAAAACAAUCUAGCGGUUCAUACCAGAGACUAACUCUAACUCCAGGCGGCUGCAUGUCGAGACCUACAAUAGUUCAUGAGAUGUUACAUGCUAUGGGUGCUCAACAUGAACAAAGCCGACCAGAUAGGGAUAGUUACUUAAAUGUUCAAUGGCAACACAUUAAAAGGAAAAAAAGACACAACUUUGAAUUGAGAAACGUUAAUACUGAUGUUCCUUACGAUGUGUCAUCAGAUCUACAGUACAGUGUAUACGCUUUUUCGAUUGACGGUAGAAAGACUAUGCCAUUCAUUGACUACAGAUUAGAGUUUCUUCCGAAAAUUGCUGAUGGACUUAUGUUUUAUGAUGUACAAGAAGUUGACAGUGCUUACGGUUGUUCUGCUCAAUGUACCGAUCUUGGAUGUCAGAAUGCAGGGUUUAUGAAUUGGGAGUGCAGGUGUUAUUGUCCUGACUUGUUAGAGGGUGAUACAUGUGAGCUACCAGUAUCAAUCGGAAGCUGUGGUGGAGUGGUAAAUGUAGGUGCAGAAGAUGAAAUAUAUGUCAACUCCCCUAACUAUCCAAACAACUAUAAUACAGGUUUAAAAUGCACCUGGCUUAUACAGGGCGUAGCAAACAAUAUUUUACGUGGGACAAUUGAAGAUAUGGACAUCAACAAUAAUGGCCACGUUUGCUUUCAUUGGUUGGAAUUUAGGUACAAUUUAUUAGGACAGACUGGACCCAAGCGAUGUGGUAUAACAAACAACGAAGUUUGGGAUGCAUCACCUGAUGAAUUUAAGAACAAAAUGAUUAUCCAGUUCGACAGUCAUAUCGAUGAACCAACAUCAAAAGGGUUCCGCAUGAUGUUUAAAUCGAUAGGAACAGGAUGUAUACACUACCCAUGUCGAUUUGGAUCAUGUGACAGUCCUCUGAAUACAGACACCUACACAUGCACAUGCAAAGAAGGAUUUACAGGAACAAAUUGUGAUGUUCUAACAGAUUCUGCAUCAAUAGGAUGUUCGGCAGAGAUUGGAGAGUAUUGUAUGCUGGCCCAGGACACUAAUGCUGAUUUUGACUGGGUUACCAAAACGGGUGCUACAAAAACGGAAUCAAGUGGCCCGGGCAAUGCUGUUGAAGGAUUUAUAUAUUGGUAUACGGAAGCGUCAUCACCACGAAUAGCUGGCGAAAAAGCUGUAAUGUUCACAAACAUAUCUUUGCCUAGUAUAAAGAGAUGUUUGUAUUUUUCGUAUCACAUGUACGGGUCUGAAAUGGGCACUCUCAACGUAUACUUCGAAGAUGAACAAGGAACAAGGACGACAGUAUUUACUAAAACAGGAAAUCAAGGCAACCAAUGGCACACAGAGAGUAUGACCAGUCAAGCAACCGAUGGACUAAAGGUAAUAUUUGAAGCUGUGAUGGGAUCAGGGAGUAAAUCUGACAUGGCAUUGGAUGAUGUAUGGUUAAGACCAUGGACUGUUUGUGGAUGCAGAGAUGAUGAAAAUCCCUGUGCAUUUGGAACGUGUAAUAGUGAUUUCAAUAGUAUGACAUAUACAUGCUCAUGUGAUCAAGGAUUUACAGGACCCAAUUGUGAUGUACUAACAGAAUAUGGAACAAUAGGUUGUAAUGGAGAAGCUAAUGAGUAUUGUGUGUUAGAGCAGGAGACACAGACUGAUGACUUUGAUUGGAUAUUCACAAGCGAAGGAACUCCUACAUCUAGUACCGGUCCUGAGGCGGCCAAGGUUGGAACCGUUUUUAUGUUUAUUGAGUCAUCAAGUCCAAGACAAGACGAUGAUAAAGCUAUUAUGGUCACAAAAAUGUCUUUACCAAGGGUAGAUAGAUGUCUUCGUUUUUGGUAUCAUAUGUACGGAAGUACUAUGGGUAUCUUAAAUGUAUAUACCGAAAAUGCACAGGGAACACGAAUUCAGAUAUUUACAAUGUCUGGUGAUCAAGGAAACCAAUGGAAUGAAUCAGCCAUCUUCAUUCCAGCAAUGGAUGAUUUGAAGGUUAUUUUUGAAGGAAUUCGUGGCAGCAGCUCUAAAUCUGACAUCGCCUUAGACGACAUAAAGUUAAUACCAGGCACAUGUGGUUCAAAUGUAGAUCAUUGUGUGCAAUCACCCUGUUCAAAUGGCGGACAGUGUUCCAACAACUACAAUGAUAAUACGUUUACCUGUACAUGUACCUCUGGAUGGGUAGGGGAUACAUGCCAACUAAAAGACGUAACGACAGGAACAACCUUUACCUGUGGAUUUACACCAGGUGAAAAUGAAUGUGUAUUUACUAAUACCCCAACUGGAGAUGAUUUUGACUGGACAUUCACAAAUGUAGCAACAUCCAGCUCAAGUACAGGCCCUGAUACGGCAUAUUCUAGAGAAUACUUCGCAUUCACUGAAGCAUCAUCGCCUAGGCAACCGAAUGAUGUGGCCACACUGACUACUUCAACAUUCAAACUACCAGAUUCACCACUUUGUAUGCAAUAUCAUUUUCAUAUGUAUAGUGAACCUGGUUCCUUGGUUAUAAAAGCAGGUGAAAGAGGAACCACUGAUAAUCAAAUUGAAAUUUGGACUGGAAACCAAGGUGAACAGUGGCACCGAAGCAUAGUUCAGAUACCACAAUUAUCAGAUGCAGUAAUCUCAAUAAGAGGUAUUAGAGGACCUACCAGUAAAGGUGACAUUGGUCUUGACCUAAUAACUCUUCAGAAGGGACUUUGUUCAUCUCCAUGUGGUAGCUUUCCUUGCCAAAAUGCUGGGAUAUGUUCAAACAACCAGGAUGGCACUUAUCAAUGCAGUUGUAAAACUGGAUUUGCUGGCUCCGAAUGUCAGUUAAUAGACAACAGAUUAGAAACGUCAAUAGCAUGCGAUUUUGAGGACAAUGAAGUUGGUUGUAUAUUUGAAAAUGAUUUAUCUUACGAUGAUUUUGAUUGGAGAAGGCGAAGUGAUAGAACAUCAAGCAGUGGUACAGGACCAAAAAAUGGGGCAGCUUCUGGAUCAUACUAUAUGUAUACAGAGGCAUCUUCACCUCGGGUAGAAGGCGAUUUCGCAGUUCUUGAAACUCAAAACUAUAGACUGAAAGAUUCUGCAUACUGUCUUACAUUAUCAAUCAACAUGAGAGGACAACCAGGCCAACUAGUAAUUUCUGCUAAAGAACGUACUGGUAAUUGGCGUUUUAAGGUGUCAUAUUUAGGACACCAGGGAGAUAAUUGGUUCAUCGCCAAAAUUGACAUUCCGCAGAUUUCAGAUCCUGUGAUAGCAGUAACAGGGUUCAUAGGCAGCACUUCCAAAGGAGACAUAGCAGUUGACAAUUUGGUACUGACAGAAGAACAAUGUUAGUCCUUAAUAAGAAAAAAGCGACAGACACACGAAAUGACCCUUAAUUACAUUGCCUUUAAUUAUUAUAAUUCUGUUUAUGUAUAAAUUCAUAAGAUUUUAAAUGAAAUUUCAACAAUGUAUAUCCAUUACAUACUUUUUAAUCAGAACAACAACAAUCUUCGAAAUCGUAUAAAGCUGCGCUCUACAAUUUAUAUAGUUGUUUUAUUCAUAUUUUGAUAUUCAAAAGAUUGAUGAUUGUUUCGUGUUUAACUUCCAGUGGCCUAUGGUCACAUAUUGGUAAUAGACAUAGAAAUAAAACAAAAAGACGAAACACUUUUAAGAAUGAAAUUCAAAUCGAUUGUGUAUUUUGAACAAUGCAAUAAAAUAACAGAUCAAUUAAUUGGUGUUUACUGAAAGGAAAGUGGAAAAAUUUUCAUACAUAUUUAGAGCGGAUACAAUUAAACAAAAUGCAGUUUGAUAGAUCCUGAAAAGUUGAUUGACCAGAAGACUGAACUAAAAACUGUUACCAGAAACAGCGUUCAUAUUGAUUAUGGUCAAACAUUUUGCAUACAACAGCUAACAAAUCAAAUAUGGAACUAUCACUAGGAGAUGUUUAAACUAUAGAAAGCUUAGCACUUUUAAAACUUAGGGCAUAUUAUUUAAUGCCCUUAAUGUGACUGCACAUGGAAAGAUGAUAAAUAUUGAGUGCUCGACAAUAUUCAUCUAUAAUAUAAAUAACAUUGUUGCUAUAUAGAACCUUUCUCAACUAGGGAACUUAACAAAAUGUAUCUAAAUUGUUUGAGAAAAAGCGCAUAAAGUAUAACAGGUCCCAAAACGAAAACUUUAAUAAAUCUGUCAACACCGA